GAAGCAUAUCCCAUAAAAAUCCCAUGAAAUUCCUGUGAAAACCCCAUUAAAAAGCCUGGAUGCCAUUAAUAAGGCCAUGACAUUUCGUUGAAUACCCCAUGAAUCACACAUACAUCCCCUUAAAUUUCAAUGAAUAUAGUUGUCUGAUACGAGUGUCAAGAACCAUGGCCAUGAUUUCUCGUCGCAAAAAAUAAUCAUGGUCAUAGUAUGGCCCUGAAAAAAUGAAAUCAUGGCCAUGAAUUCCGAUGGUGUAUUUCAUGGCAUUGAAAUUUGGAAAACCACUGCCAUUAAAAUUAGUUGCUCUAAAAGUGUCCGAGAUACCAGAUAGUUCAAGGCCACGAAGAAAAAUAUCAUGGCGUCCAAGUAAAGACAUGAAGAAUUCAUGGCCAUGAAAAAGUAAUUCCACAGCUUCUAGUAAAGAUCAUAAAUUCAUGGCCAUGAAUUUUUCAACAAAGGCCAUGAUAUCUAUAUAUAUAUCAUCAUAGAAAUUUUUAAUAUAGUGUUCACCAUGCAUGUUCAUGGCCAUGAAUAUUUACAGAAUUAAUUAGGGUAUAUCAUGGUAUAUAUAUAUGUUGGAACGAUUUAUCAUAUCACAACACGAGUGUACAUUUGGCACAUCACGAUAAAUGUACUUCGUAAAUACGAGAAAAUAUAUGCUGAAAACUGCUGAACUGUUCAGGAUAAUGCUGAAAAAUGCUGAACUGUUCUGUUAAAUUUUUAAGCCGUUAUUGUUUUCGAUAAUAAAAGAAAUGAGAAUUUAAUGCUCAUGAAACUAAUUUUUAUGAUCAUUAAAUUAAUUUUCUUUAUUUUUAAUGAUCAUUUAUUAACUGAAACAAGUGUAGUUAGAAGAAAGUUGAUGGUCAAUAACUAUAACAUCAGUUUCCAUGAUCAAACCUUCGAAUCUAAUAUACUAAGUUAAUAAAGUCCGAGAGAUCCGAGUAAAUACUAUGUGGAUGACUCCCGAGUGUUACCGAAAAGAUAAACAAAUAUGGCUGCCGUAGAAGACGAACCGCUAUGUCCAAGACAAACUUUCGACUCUAAUGGGCUAUAAAAGAUUAGACAGUAUGAUAAAAUGGAAUACACAUGACAGCAUUAAUCAAACCAUAAAAAAAUCAACACAGCAUUUAAAGAUCUUCCGCGGAAGAAGAAAGUCUGUUGAUUGGUUGUGAUUUGCCCAGGCAUGGCGAGGACCGCAGUGAAUGCUGUACACAGCAUCCGAAAAAGAAAUAAGACAAGUGGAUAGGGAAUUGGAUCAAAUGGGAAUCGGCAACACGAAAUAUGGACAAGAUCAUCACUCAGGAAAUAUAGAUGGACGGAGGUACAGACCAGAAAACUCACCCUAUUAGGCCCGAAAAAGCCUCUCGUCAGAAAGUACUAUAUUCCAUCUGCAUCUACGGUACAUUUUUCAUGAUUGGCUGGAACCGUGGUCUGUUUGGCCCCUCUUUUCCUGAUAUUCAACAUAUCUGUCAGGUAAACCUAAAGUUGGGCUCAUGGAUUCCUACAACGUUUUUCAUUGGCUACACGUUUGGCUCACUAACUGGUGGAUUGCUAGAAAGAUUGAACCGGAAGUUGAUAUUCGGAAUAUCUUUAGUCAUAUUAACGAUAUGUGUUGCCGUAACCCCUUGGUGUGUUGUGUUUGGAGUAAUGAUAGCUGCUCACGUGGUACAGGGAUUUUGCCAGGGAGUCGUAGAUACCAUUGGCAAUUCUGAGAUUCUGCUUAUAUGGAAAAACAAGCGUUUACUGUUCUUCUGCCUGGAACUAAUGUAUUGUAUUGGGGGCUUCGCAUCGCCAUUGGUAGCCGCUCCAUUUCUGAUGGACAUUCCAGCAAACAGAGAUACACCAAUCAACGUCACCACAGAAACCUACCUACCUAGCUUUUAUAAUGAAUCUUUAAAUAAUUCUGUCCCCGGUCCGUCACAGCAAAUUAACGUUGACCGUACUAAAGAAACAAUUGAUUUUGCCUCAACCACGCCCUCUUCACCUGUAACUUUCCGAUCGAUGAUAUAUAUACCCUAUUCAUUAACCGCUAUUCUAAUUUUGUGUAUAUCGAUAGCAUUUUUAGUGUUGUACUUCGUAUAUAAACAAGAUAAUUGUACAGACAUUACUAGGCAAAUUGACACUAAAGAACCGGAAGACGAGUCGAAACCAAUUGCCAUGACCAAGGAAUUAGCGGAACCGGAAGUUGAGUUAAAGUCAGGACGUAGCUCUAGAAAACUUCCUGCUUUAGUACAAGGCUGUUGUCUGGUCACGGCCAGUGGGCUCCUACUGUUUUUUGUCGGGAUCGGAGAAGCUUUUGUUUCCUAUCUUACUGUAUUCUGUGUGGAUUACCUCAAAUGGACGCCGGCAGAUGGCGCUCUAAUAACCUCCAUCACCAAUAUCUGUGGCAUCGUUUCUGUAAUUAUGUCAUUUUUGAUGACGUGUGUUAACACGUUGGUGUACGCUGGUAUCAAUUGCGGCUUCGUGUUUUUGUCCUUUGUAGGCAUUUUGAUCAGUUCCAUUUAUUAUUACGAGAUUGGCAUGUGGAUUUCUUGUUGUGUUCACGGUUUCUUCAGAGCUAUGGUGUUUUCCUUGAUCUUUACAUGGAUAAAUGAAUAUAUUACCCCGGUGACCGGGAAAAUUUCUUCCCUUUUUAUGAUUUCCGCUUGUUUCGGCGCGGCAGUCAAUCCGGUAAUGUUGGGAAACAUCAUGGAGGCGUUUGGUGAGAUAUGGUUGUGCUAUGGAUUUGUUGCAGAAGGAUUCCUGGUUCUAUUACUUUACGUUGUUCUGGUCGGUUUUACCAGAUACGCUGUGAAACAUUUUGGUAAAACUUUUGACAAAACUCAGACAUACGAAACCACAGCAUCCGUGACAGAAACAUUUAUUCAAGGAGGUGAUAAAACUAAUGAAGUGAGGCUGUAGCUGCACUGGUGGUUAGACUGACCAGUAGUGAUCGGGAACUGGGAUUUCGUUUCUCUUUUCUGAUCAUUGCUGUUAAUUUGAUUCCAAUAUAAUCAAAUCACCAAGGACGGUCAAGUGGUGCAGCAUAAAUAACACUCGCCUUUCAUCAAAACUCACAGGUUCGAUUCUCCUUAUUGACUUGAAAAAAGUCAUCACCCACCCACGUGGGUUUUUAUGGUUCUCCUGUUUUCUUCCAUAUUACGGGCCCCCCUCCCCUCCUUCCCUUACGCGCUUCCAUCCCAACCAAUAGGAAUGAUUUAUAUAUAAGUUAAAAAGAGAACUUGUUCCAUAUUUGUUUGUAAAAAAAAUAUGCAAAUGACAAGUACGCCCCUUUCUGGUGAUAUAUACAUGUACAUACACAUAAGUCAACAUAGUUCGGCCCCCUACUCAAUUCUGCAUUGACAUUGUUGUGAUAUCACGGCAUUAAUUAAACAUUAUUUGUGUGUGACACUUCUAUUACAUAUUGUGAUUAUGUUUUGCACUCUCAACAAUUUGAUACAUUA